CGACGAGAGCAGAGGAGGGCAGAAGGGAGAGGCGUAGUCACGAUAGGAAAAUUGAAGUGAAAGCGGUGAGGGGGGGAAGAAAGAGAGUUAACUUCGAGGUGUGGAGGGGUUUGGAGGCUUUGAGAAGUAGAGGAGGAUAGCCAUGAUGUGGUCGCAGGCGAAGCGGUCGAUGAAUCUUGCAGUGGUCGCAGGCUGUUCUUGCUGCUUUUUAGCGUGUCUACCGGUCGUUCUUCCGUUGUUUGCGAUUCUGGCGUUCCUGGUCGGAUCGCUGACUCCGCCUCUGCUGGCUGGCGCGUUCACACUUCUUUGCCUAUACGAAGUUCUCGUGGAGAGAAAGGCGGUGAAGAAGGUGAAUAGGGCCGUAAAUGCGGAUCAAUACAUCAAGAGCGAGGAUGAACCCGUUAUAGCACGCGUUUUGGACAUGCCCGUGUCCAAAGGACGAGUGGCGCAGGCUGUUCGUCGUCUGAACGCGGCAAGUAGAGCAGUCGCAGCUAUGUCUGGAAAGGAUGGAAGGAAGAGCACGUCUCCAGAUAGCAACGCAUUGGAGAAUGGGAAGUGCAAGCAUGGUGAUCUUGCUCCUUUGAAAGGUGGACCUCUCUGGGAGCUGCGAGAGACGAGUAGAGGAGUGAAGCGGCAGCAGUUCGAUACACCACACACGAAGGUAGAGAAGCUAGAAAUGCGGAGCGAUCAACCUUCCCCUGAUCAUCGUGUGGCUGUGGCUACGAGUUUGCAGGAUGGGCAAGGGCAAACCGCGUCCGAUAAGCCGCAGAAGAUGCACUGCCAGGCGGCCGUUUCCAAUGCACAGAAUUUGCGCACAGGGCCGAAGGGAGGGAAGCAGCAGCAUCAUACGGACUCCCGCGCAGAGGUAGACGAUGAGAGAACGAAGAUGGAAACGAAGCUCGUGCGGGAAGAGAAGGUGGCAAUGCAGCGGUGUGUGUCUUCACCCGUCAACCAUGCGGCCGUCGAUCCGCAGGAUGUGCGAAACACACAUCGCGUCUUGCAGAGGGCGAAGGCCGUUGCGACUGCCGAUGAGAGAGAUCAUACUGGGACACAGCCGACAAAGCACUCGGUAUCGGACCGGGAUCGGACUGGACUGCAGGUGUUCGAAAUGGAACAGAGGGUCAAGAAUGUCACCGAUGCCGAGGGGGAAGGGAAGAUUCAGAGGAAGCUUCUUCGCAACUUCACUGACUCUGAGAAGUCCGUAAUGAGAAAGAUGCCAAGUGGCACUGAUGGGCUUGCAUGGAGAGGAGCCCAAGGAAUGAACAAUGCGACGGCAGCGAAGGUGGCAGUGGGCAACGCAGCAGGGAGCAUCAAGACGAUGGUCGAACGGGGACCUCUUCCUCGUGCGUCAUCGGAGAGGGCAUUGGGGAAGAGCAGCAGCAACUACACGUCCGCUGAAGGUUUGGGGAAGGACGCCAGAGGGAGUGAGAUUAGGUCUUCCAAGACGUCAGGACCGGGGGCGGCAGUGACUGCAGAGCAGUCGAAGGUGAGACAGGUGGAAGUCGAUAUUCCCGGUGUUGCACCAGGAGAGAGUGAAUGCACACAAAGAGGUCUGACUGAGGACAAAGCUGCAGUGGAGGGGAUUCCACUGUCAAUUAUGCCAUGUUGUACUCUUUCGAACGAAGAGUUGAGCGUCUCGUCGAGAGAGACAGAAUCUGAUGAGGUUGUUUCAACGGGAGAAAGUGUAGGUUGUGAUAAACAUACGACGAGUCGGAGGUGGAAUGCAGCAGAAGAUGCUGCGUGUGUUGAUGCUCAGGAAGAUGAUGCCCUUCUUGCAACCACAGAGAACGUGGCCAUGGUAGGUAUCUCUCUGUAUCGUCGGCAGAAGAUAGCAUUAUCCCCGAGCCUCGCCGACAGGAGCGAACGGUCAGCAUCACGAGCCGGACCAGUCUUUGGAUGUGCGGGGGGGAUUGUUCACAUAGAGUCUGACUUCAAUCAUGGCGCUGUCAGAGAGCUGCCUGUUGUGAAAAAUGUCAAGGAAAGGACAAAGCAGCAGCAGCAAGUAUGUUUUCAUGAGACUGAAGAACGGCCAUCGGAUUUUUUCCGGGUUCCGUGCUCGGUGACGCGAUCUUCUUCGGUGACACAACAAAGUGAGACCAAGACUCCCCUUUUUCUUUCUCCAACCUCUCAGAAAACCUCUUGCCUUCCUUCGCCCAAAUCUCUGCGAAUGCCUCAUUUGCUGGUCUUCAGUUUGCCCGGGGGAUCACAGACUGACGUAGAAGUGGAAGACGGUGAGCUAGAGGAGCAGCAAUUGCUAGACUUCCCGGCCAUGGCAGUCGAUGACAAUGAGGAUAUGCUUUUGGAUGAUGCGACGACUGACCUAUGGAAGCUCCACGUUGACGAAAAACGGGCGUUUCAGACGAAUGGCCUCCUAGGUCGGGAGGGGGCGCGGUCUUUUAGUCUCCCUCCUUUUCCAAUGGCAGCUCUGGACUCCGUUGUCAGCAAACACUGGAGCGUGGAACGGACCAUCCCUGCUCAUGCCACUGCGGAUCGGGAGACGCAUUCGUUCCCUCUUCUACCGAUGGCCCAGACAUCCGGCCUUAAACCGCGGACUCUGAGAGCAUCUGGCAAUGAUAAAGUGGAUUCGGUUUCAAGCUCCUGUUGUUCGAUUGCCGAUGCCAAGCAGAGUCAUGAAGGAUUCGACUCAAACCAGUUGCAAGAUCUGGCGAUGCUCGUCAUCCCACCUUUAGAGUGGAAUCUUCAGCACAGAGAGCCGAUAACUGGUGGCUUGCCAAUACCAAGACGAAAAGGUAGCCCCAGUGGUCUUGCAGUACAGUUGCCGACGCCGUACUUGUUGGAGGUUGUCAAAUCGUUCGGACUCGAAUGUUCUCCGUGGCCACAGUGGAUUUCGACAAGUCGCAUGAUGCUGUCAUUUGCAGUGGAGUCGGUCCGGGAUCGGGAGUGUUUUCAAAGAGUAUGUUGUGCGAGAAGUCGAGAACCCGACAUAGGUGUUGUACCUGACAUGCGAUGUUUCCGCGAUACUUCCGUGAUGUUUCUACGAUGUGCCCACGUACUGCGUCUGGAGGUAUUCAAAUUUGUGCAGGAGGGAGGCGAGCUCGGGCGUAGAAAACGGACGGUACGAGAAGAGGUGGAGAUAAUCAAGAUUCUGAUUGGCGCAGAGUUUCCAAAUGCAUCGGAGUUGGAAGAUACGACGAGAGGACUCCUCGGAAAAGUGUGCCUACUUGCAGAUGUUCUCGGUAUCGAUCUCUUGCCCAUCUCCAAGUCCAAGGCGGCGUCGGCGGACGAACAAGCGGAAGCCGGGUUGUCCCUAAUUAAACGAGUUCUGGGUGUCAAAUUGCACUGGCAUGAAGGCAAAUGUGGUGAAAGUAGAGGGUGAGGGCAACGGCUGGUCCGUGCGUGUUAUCGAGCGAGCAGUGGUCGUCGACUCGUCGGUGCGAUACGACCCAGUGGGUUGGUGGAUACGAAGCUGCGAAGCAGAGCCCAAUUGAAUGCCUGUGUGGAGUUUCAAGUAGUACAAGGACAUGCCGGAGGACGGUUGAGCUGAUGGCAGUCGUCAGUGCGAUACCACCGACGGGGUUGGACAUGAAGCUGUGUGAAGCUGAGCCCGAUGCCUGUGUUGGGAGUUUGAAGUAGUACAAGCACAUAUCCGAGGAAUGUUGCGCUUAUUCAGAAGUAGGACCUCUCUCGAGUCUCUACCCAACGAAGUUUUGGGUCCGUGCCAUCGAGUGGUUUCUCGUUGAAGGUCGGUGACAUUGCCGAUUGCCAAAGAUUCUGAAGGCGGAGCAGAUUAACAUGAUCUUUAAAUAGGAGUAUAUGAUCCGGAAUCGACGAAGUUUUGAGCCCUUUUGGGUUGUUAAUUAUCUGGGUUUGAUGACGAUUGUGGAGGCACAGAGUGAGUCAUGUUGUGAAGAUGUGGGUGGUAGGUGUGUAGGUGUGUAGGUGUGUAGGUGUAGUUAGUGUUAAGAUCGGUGUGGAGCAGCGCGGUUAUCGAGAUCAGAUGUCAUUGACGAGGGUUCAAGCCAUUGACGGUUCGGUCAGCUCAUUGAUUGGGGUGUACUGUGUUUUAUUGUGAUCAGAUGUCAUUGACGAGGGUUCAAACGUUAAACCACUGAUGGUUCGGUCAGCUCAUUGAUUGUGUAUUGUGUACGAGUACUUCGAGAGACUGUAUGAGCGCAGACCAGACACUACCGGUAGUAUGAAAUGCGAUAUGGUAGCUUUACAAUAGGGGGUGACACUGUCUCUGCUGAACCGGAUCAUGGUGAGUUUAGUGUGAUUUUGAUGUACGGCUAUGUAUCUCCCGAUAAGGACAUGGACAUGCUAUUUUUAGAACAGGGAACGAAGUCACAUGGUAGUACGAGGACUCCGGCAAGUUACUCUGCUGAAUCAGAUAGUGAUUUUGAUUUACUCUGCUGAAUCAGAUAGUGAUUUUGAUUUAUAAUUUUAUAGUGUGAUUGACACUUGCGCCCAUCCCGCUAAGGACAUGAUAUAGGGAACUGUGUCCCAUGGUGGUUGAAUUGCAACUCUCACGCAAUCCCGGAGAAGGAUCGCUUCGCUUCGCAGAGCAUACUCGUUGACUGAGAUCUGGAUCCGACCGGCGACUGCAGUACGACCGCAUCCACGGCGGGCUGUAAUUGCAGCCACACGCAAUCCCGAAAAGUUGAAGUUAGUAUGUGUUUGCCCUCGUACAAUGAGCGCGUUAGUGCAGGUACUUGUCGAGCUGCUUAACUAACUCGUAUUUCACUAAGUUAAACCCAGACUACGACUUAUCGGGUCAUUGUCAAUCGACGGAGUCUAGGUUUGUGAUGAUCAGUAUGCGGUUCAGCAGUUCACCAUCCAACGGUUCUUUUGUAGCUUCAGGGUUUUUUGUCCAACAGUGCAACAGUGCAUGUCAUUGAGCUGAACCGGGUGUGUAAGUAACAGUAAGUUGUCCUUGAGGCUGCUGUGUUUAGGAGAUGUACUCAGUAGAUUGAGUUGAGGACUGCUGCUACCACUUGUUUAGGACUGAAUGUUUCUGUAUUUCUUGAUUUUUGUCUGUUAUUCCUUCCAGUCUUCCCCGCCUCUCNCUCUCUCUCUCUCUCUCUCUCUCUCUCUCUCUCUCUCUCUCUCUCUCUCUCUCUCUCUCUCUCUCUCUCUCUCUCUGUGUGUGUGUCUCUGUGGGUGUGGGUGUGCUGUGUGUGUGUGUGUGUGUGUGUGUGUGUGUGUGUGUGUGUGUGUGUGUGUGUGUGUGUUGAAUUUUCUCCGGAACAGCCGCCUCUCCUAUUCCACAGAGAUGAGUAGAUCCAAAAUCAAAGCAGAAUUUUCUCCGGAACAGCCGCCUCUCCUAUUCCACAGAGAUGAGUAGAUCCAAAAUCAAAGCAGCUUUAGUCC